UAGUUAUUAUGAUUCGUCGCGACUGGUUCGAUGCAUGAGUCGAGCCUCCAAGAGCAUAACAACAGACAACAGUUUGUUAUGCAUUCACUAUACGUAUAUUUUACGUAAUUUUUGUUUAAGUUUACACGUAAAACCCAGUCAGUGAAAGAAGUAGUAUAGUUGAGUGUCUUACGAUGAAAGUUAGUGAACGCAGUACCAUUUGUGUCUGCCCAGCAGACGAAUCGGUACAUAUCGUUAGUUAUAGUUAUUUAUCCUACUGAACUAUUUUCAACUUUACUGACCAUCAAAGUAUUUAAAAUUCGUUACAUUUUUUUUUAAAUGUCUAACAAAAUUAACUCAUGUGAUUAUAUUUUUUACUGCUGUUAAGUAUAAUACUUGAUAUUAUUGGGCAAUGCAAUUGACGAUAAAUUAAAAAUAAACAUAAAAGUUAUUUAAUAGAUUUAUAUUUCUAAGAAAUUAUGGAGUCUCUUAUACGUGGGAUUCAACGAAUGGGAUUGGUUUUAAAAAAUGGCUCAAGAAUUAAGAAUUUAACCUCAGUAAGAUAUGCGUCGGCUGUUUCAAGAUGUAAAGUGAUUGAAGGUAAUAAUGGUGAGCGUAUUUUUACAUCAUCCUAUGAAGACAUUGAAAUACCUUCAUUAACUAUUCCUGAAUUUAUAUGGCAGAAAUUGGAAAAAUGGCCGACAAAAAUUGCUGCCGAAUGUGGAAUUACAGGAAGAAAAUAUACGUACGCGGAAGCGAGAGAUAGUGCUAAUUAUAUUGCAAGAAGUUUAAGAAAUAUGGGCUUAAGAGAAGGUGAUGUAGUGGCACUGAUAUUACCAAACUUGCCGGAAAGUCCAAUUUCAUUGCUUGGUAUUUUAGAAGCUGGACUCAUUUGUACAACGGUCAAUCCUUUAUACACAGUUGAUGAAAUUUCUCGACAACUACGAUCAUCUGGAGCAAAAGCAAUUAUUACAUCCUCCGAAAUAGCAACGAAUGUGAUGAUUGCCGCAAAAGCGACUCUUCCUCCGAAUUCACCUUUUAUAAUUGUUGAGGAUACGGAUCGAGCUUUACCAGCGGGAUCAAUUCCUUUCAAAGAUCUUUUAACAAGAGGAAAAACAUUACCCCAAGUGCCAGAAAAAUGUCGGAAUGCGCACGAUCUUGCAAUACUGCCAUAUUCAAGUGGUACCACUGGGCUUCCAAAAGGAGUAAUGUUAACUCAUUACAAUUUAAUAGCGGAUAUGAUAAUGACAGAUUCUAGUUGUGACUUUAUACAAGUACCAGAUGAAUUUCAAGAUAUUAUCCCUGUUGUUUUACCUUUAUUUCAUAUAUAUGGAAUGAAUGGUCUAAUGUUGCCAAGAAUGGCCGCAGGAGCUAAAUUAAUUACACUGCCAAGUUUCACUCCUGAUUCAUACAUAAACGUAUUGUCGAAAAAUAAGUGUACUCUAAUCUUUAGUGUACCACCUAUUGUUUUAUUUUACGGUGCUCAUCCAGGAGUUAAAUCUGAAUUUUUCAAAGAUGUGAGAUGUAUAUUUAGUGGUGCAGCGCCGUUAGCUGCAUCAGAUGUUCAAAGGGUUUAUGAGAAGUUCAAAAUGACUUCUGAUCAAUUACGAUUCCUUCAAGGAUACGGCUUAACAGAAUCUUCCCCUGUAUCAUUUUUAGAAAUGUCCAAUUCUAAGUUUUCAAGUAUCGGACAUCCAGUAAAUUUAUGCAAAGUACGGUUGGUUGACCCGCUAACAGGUAAUGAUGUUGUUACACCAGGACAAACUGGAGAAAUUUGGAUAAAAGGUCCUCAUGUAAUGAAAGGAUAUUUUAAUAAUGAAAAAGCAACACAAGAAACCUUACAAGAUGGAUGGUUAAAAACGGGUGACAUUGCUUACUAUGAUGAAGAUUUUGCAUUUUUCAUAACUGAUAGACUGAAAGAACUCAUCAAAGUUAAAGGAUUCCAGGUACCUCCAGCAGAAUUAGAAGCUAUUUUAAGAACUCAUCCUGCUGUUGCUGAUGCUGCUGUUGUUGGAGUACCUGAUCCACGAUCUGGAGAAGUACCUAAGGCAUUCGUUGUACUUAAACCAAAUAAAUCGGCGAGUGCAGAAGAUAUACAAAAUUUUAUGAAAGGAAAAGUUUCAGAGUACAAAGAACUCAAAGGUGGUGUUAGUUUUAUUGAUGAAAUGCCCAGAAAUGCUAGUGGUAAAAUACUGCGGAUAUCUUUAAAAAAUCUUAAUCAAGAAUCAAGUUAAAUCGAUAAAUACUUAGUUCACAUUAAAAAAAUAAAUAAAUGUGAUAUUAUUUUUUUAUGAUAUCCAUACAAAUGUAAAAAGGCUAAUAUAAAAACAUGCUAAUGAAAAUGAUUUAUUUAAAAAACAUAAUAUUUAGAUGUAUUAUAGAAGUUUUAAUAGUUGUUCAGGAUUGUAUGAUUUUAAAAAAAUGUAACUUUUAGCUAAGAACUGAUCUAUUUGGUACUAUAUUUUUUAUCAGAGUUAAAAAAAAAUUAAUAGCAAUAAACUUCGU